AUGGAUAUCAACCAGCCCAAGCAGGAGCACUUUCUGGCUCUGAAAGUGAUGAGGCUAACCAAGCCUACUUUAUUCACUAAUAUGCUGGUGACUUGUGAAGAAAGAGAUUUGCCAGGUAAUCUAUUUAACCAGAUCAUGAAAGAUCAUCCUUCUACUGUAAAUGGAGCAGAAACUUUGAUGCUAGGAGAAAUGCUUACUUUGCCUCAAAAUUUUGAAAAUAUAUGUCUGGGAGAGAUGUUUUCCAGUUACAUUAGUGUACAUAAUGAUAGUAAUCAAAUUGUCAGGGACAUAUUAGUAAAGGCUGAUCUUCAGACAAGUUCUCAGCGCUUGAAUCUUUCAGCUUCUAGUGCGGCAGUGGCAGAACUCAAACCAGACUGUUGUAUUGAUGAUGUGAUUCAUCAUGAAGUAAAGGAAAUAGGAACACACAUCUUAGUUUGUGCAGUAAGUUAACAGAUGGGAGAAAAGAUGUACUUCAGAAAGUUCUUGUUGGGGCCUUGGCGAUUUUGCAAGAAUAUGAGGAACUGA